AUUUAUUCCAUCGAGGGGCCUCUCUUUGUCGUCGUUGUGGUCUGUAUCGAAGCACGAGGAAUGUCUUCAGAUGUUUCGUCCAAGUGUUAUCACGGAACGACGACUCGGUGGUGGUGACUCGUGCGGGUUGCCUGCUAAGUAGCGUCGGUCGCCGCGAUCAUCCGAGCAGGCAUCGCGAAUGAACGCUUGGUGUAACGUGUAAUGAGAUCGUCGUCGUUGCAGCAGCCGUCGUACGGUCGCGCGAGGUUACCGCAGCAGCAUCAUCGCAAAUGACACAGACUCGGCUGGACCGCCGAAUCCUACCAGCACUCGGGCUGGGGAGUCGUCUUCGUCGUACAGAGAAAAUGUGCGAGAAAAACACCGAACAGACGGCGUUUUGUUGAUCCACGGCGAUUUCGCGGCGAACGCGACCACGUACGCACGCACGCAUCACGCACGCAUCACGCACGCACAUACGCACGCGAGCAGGCACGUACGCACCGGUGCGCACGCACGGCACGUCCUGGCACAUCCGGAAGAGCAUCCCUCUCUCCGACACUCGUUCUUUUGGACGAGAAUUUGAUAAAGCGGUCGAGACAAGAUAUUGUCGUCUCACGGCGGUUUUUCUUGUCUGAAACCUCCACCACCACCGCUAGUACUACUACUACCACCGCAGCUGCUACUACUAUUACUACUACUACUACUAUUAUUGCUGCUAAUAUCGAGACCCGGGGUCGACCGAGAAAUCGCCUUAACAAUAAUAAGUUUUCAAUCGAGACUGCCAAUGUAAGACUGAAUUACUGAUGCAUGGGAUAAUCGUUUUUGAUGUUAAGUACGGUCAGCAUCAAUGGGAAACUGCUUCUCGUGCUUUAAGGUGCCACUUCCACCAACCAGCACUGAUCAAUCAAUCGCAUUGGAUCAUAAAGACGAAACAAUGGAACUCAGAGGUCUGUUCCAAAAUUCUUGCCAACAAUCUGGUUCUUUCGUGCCUGAAACACAUGUGAACGGGAACAGGAAGUCCAUAAGUACACUACCUACAUUUAAUACUGUAGGCUCGGACAAUUGUGGCUCUGUGCCCAGUGUACAAAGUAAUCUGCGUUUAUCACGGGGAUUUUAUGCGCGAUUACCACCGCUAGGACGAUCUGGUACUUCGUCGGGUCUCAAUCUGUCUACUGAACCCAAGCAACAAAAGGAACCAUCGGAGAGCAAAUUGAACGCACUUUUUGACCAAUAUAAGGAUCCUCACGAGGACGUAAUAUUAGCUGACGGAAUAGAAAGACUUUGUGAUGACUUGCAACUGUCGCCCGACGAAUUUAAAGUUCUCGUUCUCGCAUGGAAACUAAAUGCGGAGCAGAUGUGCCAAUUCACGCGCCAUGAGUUUGUCACGGGACUGAAGGCGAUGAAGGUCGACAGUAUACGCGGUAUACAGGCUCGCUUGCCCGAAAUCGUCCAGGAGUUGACGGUCAAUAGCGACCUGUUCAAAGAUCUCUAUCGAUUCACAUUCCGAUUCGGCCUCGACGUGACGUCCGGUCAGAGAAUCUUGCCGGCCGACAUGGCGAUUGUUCUCUGGAAACUCGUCUUCACGAUACGCGAACCUCCGCUGCUGAUUAGGUGGCUCAAAUUCCUCGAAUGUCAUCAUAUUCGUGGAAUACCCAGAGACACGUGGAAUAUGUUUCUCAACUUCGCCGAGAGCAUUGGAGAUGAUCUCGGUGCUUACGACGACGCGGAGGCAUGGCCAAGUUUGUUCGACGAUUUUGUGGAAUAUGAAAACGACCAGAUGAACCAAAAUAUCACUAAAGACGAUAUUAUGAAAGAUGCUUCUAUCGAUAAAGCUUAGAUGUUCGUAUUAUCCUAAGUGAAAAAAAGAAACGACAAAGUGAAACGAGCAUAUUAUUGUCUUAAUAAUCCGACCUUUGAACAGGAUCGUCCGAUUUGUCGUGGGAAGCAUAGUUGAUGUUUUAUUCCUAUUGGUAUGACCAUGGAAGUGAUAUUUCGGAUUUGCUAUUGCUUUUCUUUCUUUUUUUCUUCUCUGUCUUUUGUUAUUGCGUCAUAUUUGUUUUCACGCGGCAUCGUAUCUCUCCCCCCUUCUCUCUCUCUCUGUAAAUGUAAAUAUUUUAUUUCAUGUAAUUUUAUUAUUUAAUUACGUUUUGUCAUAUGUGUGUAUAAUACGAAAGACAUUUGUAUCGCAAUAUUUUAACAGCAGCUGGCGAUAAGUUAUAUGUAUUGGUAUAUAUCUUUUUUUUUUUUAUAUAUAUGAAUGAAGUUACACAGUCUUGGUCAAAGUUAUUAUUUUUGCACUUUGACCGUAAUAACGCAUAAACAUUGCCAAGUUUUCUAUGCAAUGUUAUCAAAUUAAUCAUGUGAUCGCUUAUGAUAAUGAGUUGCGUUUGCUGAAUAAUUGUAUCGAUAUAAUGAUGGUGCUUAUUUAUUGUGGUCAAUUAUAAGAAUGAUAUCGGUUCUGAUAGACUUUUGUUAUCUUACAAGAAAUUCAGGACGCACAUGUAUAACAGCACAGGAUUAUCGACUUUUUUUUGUUAAACCGUGAUAUAUAUAUAAACGCAGUGCAUCUUUAAUUUCUAAAUAUACUAGUUUACUUAUCAUAAAUAUAUGAAAAAAAAAAAAUUCAAGAAAUAUGGAACAAUCGUAAAUUUUGAUAUAGCAAUAUAUAUAAAUUACAGCUUGAAAGAACGGUAACUAGAAUGAAUUACUACUAACAUGGUAUGUUUGAAUAUCGAUUUAUAUUUUUAUUGCAUUAAAAGAAAAAAACGACACACAAAGUAUUGAUGUAAUAAUAAGUAUCAUCAUUACUUUUUAGUUCGUCUAUACGGUCAUGUCUAAUUGUAUUGUUAUUAUAGUCUGUUUAAAUUUGAAAUUUCAUAUAGCUAAGAAUCAUUUUCAUUUUUCAUGUUAUAAUCGCGCUUGGCAUGGAAAACAUUAAAUUCUUAUUUUAUUCAAGUAAUAAGAAUUUUAUUUAUACAUAAUUAUUUAUGGUUGUUUUAUAGCUUUGUACUGAUAUCAGGAAUUAUAUUUGAUAAGAUACCGGAUUAUAAGUCGAAAGGAUUACUGUGGAUAGCGCCUGUGUUGUAAAAGUCUUAUAAAUUAGACUAUAAAAGACGUUUCUUAGGAAAUUUCGCUAGAAACACUCGGUGUUUGAGAGUAACGUUUCUCUGUAGGGUACGAAAGUUUUAGUAAAUAUCCCGAGAAGAUUCUGUUCAAAGGAGUACGUUCAGGGAAAUGCGAGAAAUGUAAUUUUGCAUAAGAAAAAGUUUAGAAAUGAAUUCUCACACAAUCCAAAUUUGUGAUACAGUGUGUAUAAGUAUAUAUACAGAGUGAAUCGCACACAUUGGACAGAUUGUAGUUCUCGUUUCGUUGAAAAUGGGAAGAAAAUUGUGAAAGAGGGAGAGACACGCAAAAGCGCAAUGGUGUGUUGAAGAGGUACGGUUGUAUCUUCUUGGUCCAUAAAAAACUAAAUCCUGUUUCUUCCUCUCUCGUAUCAUUUGUCUUCUACAUUUAUCACGCAUCUUUCGUGUUUAACGAAACAGAAACUAUAUCCUGUUUCAACAGCGUGACGCACUCUGUAUAGUUUCCAAUGCAUUAAUAUUUCUUACAUUUUUUGAGGAUACUGUUAAAGCAGUGGACAAAUGUAAAGAAAAGUGAAAUAUCUCAUACAAAGAUCCUGAAAUUUACCUGAUUAAAUAUGUGUAUGUACAUAUAUAUAUCUAUAUGUUUAUAUAUAUGUAUAUAUAUGUACAUACACAGGAUGUCCUACUUCUGUCGCAUUAUUUUUUAAUGACAGAUUCUUGAUCAAUUUAGAAUUGAAUUUUCUUUAGCGAAAAUGUUGACACGCUGAAAAUUUUCAAAUAAUGAAUGAUUAUGAUAGAAGAAUUUCUCGCGUAUUAGACUUUAGGCAGCUCAGUGGAUGCGGAAACCACGUUCUUUAGCUAUUUUGAAAAAAAAAGGAUUUGAAAAUUGUAAAAAAGAAGAUUGUCUCCCUCGACAUUUACGCUAAGGAAAAAGAACAUCUCCAAAUCGUUCGUAGAAUCUACAGUUGCAAUAUAAUGUGGUAGAAGUGGCACAUUCUGUAUAUAUAAUUAGAAUUAGUGUGUAUAUGACGUAAACUUGUCCAAAACUUACGUAACAUAUUAAUGUGACGCGGUGUACUUGCUACAAAAAUUUCAGUCAUGUGCAACUAAUGUUUAUCUAACGAUAUUGCGAACGAUGGAAAGUGUAUAAAUUUAACUUCGAUUAUGUUCCUAUAUUUAUUUUGUUUCUUUAUUUUCUUUAAGGGAAGCCUUAUCUUAACACGCUGAGAAAAGGAAGGAUAUUAGCUCGAUUAGCGGAGUGACUAAUAACGAUAUGCAGCGACUUAUUGUAUUGUUAAGAACGAAAAAGAGAUCUUUCAUUUCUAAAUUUUACAAACAAAAAGGUUGUCUAUGUACUUGUAUAUAGUGCCAUGUCUUUGUGGUACAAUGAAGAAAGAUCUCUGUCGAAUUUUAUCGAGAUAAAACUAUUGGAAAAUCACAAAAUGUCGAUUCAACAAAAGACAUGAUAUAUAUACAUCAUAUUAUUCUGAUAAUAUCUUUUUCUAUGAAUAAUUUUUUAUCCUGAUGUGAGCUAGAGUGGAAAAAAUAGGAAGAGGAAAAUUAAUAAUUCUGCAAGAUAUUUUCGGAAGUACCGUGCUUAAAAAACUUUCACCGUCCUUUUGUCCGCAGUACCUGAUGCAGGUACAAUAUAGAUACCAAGGCUUGAAAGUACGAUUUAGAUUUUAAAAUUAUGCUCACACAUGCAGAGGAUUUCAUGCAGUUAAUAAGCGCGAGAUACGACGAUAUUAAUAUGUUUUAGCCACGAAUUUACACUAGAUCGGUAAAUAAUUUAUUGCGUUAUCGUUGGCAUUUAUCUCUCUCUCUCUCUAGCUCUCAUAUUUUAGAAUUAUAUCUCCAAUCACAGUGGGCACAAUAAACAACACAGGUUUUUUGUAAAAAUGAUUUAGAAAGUUCCUAAUCUCACUCUUGAAGAAGAGAGUCUCAUUGAUAUACUUAUCAAAUUCUACAUAUAUAAUUUUGGACGCGUGCCUCUGAUAAAUCGACUUUCGUCAGCUAUAAGAUCGAAAAUCUCCUCUGUGUCAGCAUGACUUAUUGUCUAAGUUUUGGGAUUUGUCUCGAAUAUAUGAACAUACAUUACUCAGCAGACGCACAUGUAUUAUUAAUACACUCUUUACUUUCAGCGACUUAAGCAAAUGCUUAAAUUUAAACUUAAGCGGAUGCUUAUCUAAGAAUUAGAUUUAUCUAUAUGUGUAUUAUAUAUACCU